GCAACUUCAAGUGACAUCGGUAUAUCGUCGGUAAGCCAUUAUCAAGGCGGCUGAUCUUGGUAUACUUGGUUCGACCGCUUUGAAGUCGUUUUCCACUAAUCAGGGAAAUGGAAGGGGAAGUGUCCGGGGAAAAUUCCGAUUUCAAGAUGUGCUGCUCCGCCAUGGAGGCGAGCGAGGGCGCGGAGGGACUCCACAUGGUGGGAAAACGUUACAUUGAUUUGAGAUUGGAUAUAUAUUUAUUAAGUGUAUAAGAGUCAAUGGUUCACUUCCUACUUUGAUUCCAGAUUCACGACAAGUCAACGCAAAGUCAAGUGCAAACAUGUUCUUUCGCUCUGUUGUUACGGCUGCUCUUGGCCUCGCUAGCCUGGCCACAGCUUCAAACAAAACAACAAAGUUAUCAGCUGAAGCUCAAGAUCUAUUCGACUUUUCAAUGUCGAUCAAUGAUGCCAGCUUUGACGAGUCCUACAAAGUGAUCUGGUCUGAUGACAAAGGACCAUGGUCUAUUCGCUUCACUGCUUGGUAUACUGCAGGAUUGCUGCACCGGAAUCAAGGCAACGAUGUCGAAAAUGCAAAAGGAGCAUUAAGGUCUAUUCUCGCGACUCAGAUGACGGAGAAUUUUACUUCACCUUGGUAUGGUGAUUUCAAGCUCUCGCCUGAUGAACCCACCCCACAAGCAACCCUCUACGAACCAAAGAUCUACGGCACCUACGACCCCAACUGGCGCGAAUUCAUCGGCACGCAACUCAUCCAAGUCGUCGAAGAAUUCCCCCACCUCCUCGGCCCCUCCCUCACCCGCGCCAUCGAAACCUCCCUCGUCCACUCCGCCAUCGGCGCCAUGCGCCGCAACGGCACCUUCCCACCAAGCGACAACCUCGUCCUCGCCUACUCCAACCCAGGAUACAUGCGCGCCCUGAACGUAGCCUGGAUCGGGACCCGUCUGAACAACCAAACGUUCAUCGAUUUCGGCAACGCGCAAGCUACAGCUUUGUACGAACUAUUCACUAAGAAUGGAGCGAAUACGAUGGGUGAGUAUAACGCUCCUAAUUACUACGGGAUGGAUUUCUGGGCUCUGGGAGCAAUGAAGAAGUAUGGGCCGGAGGGCUCAAAGGUGAGAGAGCAUGCGGGGGAGAUUAUGGAGAGGUUGUGGGACGAUGUCGCGGAGCAUUAUAAUCCUUACUUGGGUAAUAUGGUGGGUCCGUAUGAUCGGGCCUAUACGAGGGAUAUGACUGUCCACGAUGCGAUUCUGUCGUUGUAUUUUUGGGAGAUUUUCGGGUAUGGGAGGUUGGCUGUUCCGCCGAGGGGGGAGUUGGAUUUGAGGUAUGAUGCGACGCAGGGGGCGGCGAUUGCGUUGGUUAUGGAGGAGGUGGAGAGGGCGAUGUCCAAGGAGGCGAGGGAGAAGUUGCUGGGGAGUUUUGAGACGGGGGAGCAGAAGGAGAGGGUGUUGAAGAGGACUGUUUACUAUGAUCUUGAGACGGAAGAUAAUAGGACGACAACGGCGUGGGUGAGUAAAGAGUUGAUGAUUGGAGGCCAGCAGCUUGCUGAGACUGUGGAUCGGGGCAAACAAUUCGUGCCUGCGAUUGUGCAUUGGGCGGCUGAUCCGGACCAUAAACCAUUCCCGCUCAAUGGGUAUUUCAGUUUGUUCCCAACUGCUACGACUAUUACUGCGGUUGCUGAAAAGCAGAAACUGACGGUCAGCUAUCCAAAUUCAACACAGCCAGGAACGGAUACGUUCCAGUUUAUGCUUUCAGGUAUCCCGCCUCCAUGGAACUUGGCUGGGAAUGUGGUGAACGGUUUCACGAACGUGCCGUGUCUGGACGUCAACGUCACUGCACCAGGACUCCAGGAGUUGCCUACCGUUUACGGAUCAUCGAUUUACGGCUCCUAUUACUACAACAUCACGUAUGUCGUUCCAUCGAAUUUCACAGGGACGCCACAAGUUGCAUUUGAUUUGGCGUACACUUGCCAAGUUAGCCGAAAAGGAUUUCAAAAAUAGGACCGAAACUAGAGCAGAUAGCUAGAUUCAAUGAAAUAUUGCCAAC